CCACCCAGGGCGGGGCGCUGCGCCGCGAGGGCCGACUCCGCCCUGCCCGCCCUCGGCGGUUGCUAGGAGACCGCGCGACGGGCUCGGCCGCAAACUUGUCAAUGGGGCGUAAAAUGCCGUGAAGCCCGGCCGGCUGGGCCUGCGGGGUGAGAGUGGACCGGCCGGCUCCCCCGCGCUUAUAUGCCCCGUCCCCUGGCGGCCGCCCCCCCUCCUGCUCCAUGUGGGCCCGGCCGCGGCCUCGCUGUCUCCCCGCCUACUAUGGCCAGGAAAACAGUUAGCAGGAAGCGGAAAGCGGCGGCUGCUGCGGCGGCGCCCGGAGGGCUCCGCGGGGAGCAGUAUGGCUGGGAUCACUCAGCUCACAAAAGGAAAAGACUCCCCCCAGUAAAAAAAUCUCUGGUGUACUACCUGAGCAGAGAGGUUCGGCUGCAGAAUGAAUCCAGCUACCAUCGUUUGUUGCAUGGAUAUGCGGCACAGCAAACUUCCCAGUCUCCUGAAGAGAGAGAAUUUCAUCUUGGGACCCUUAAUAAAGUUUUUGCAUCCCAAUGGUUGAACCACCGACAAGUGGUGUGUGGGACAAAAUGCAACACACUGUUUGUGGUAGAUGUCCAGACUGGUCAAAUUACGAAGAUUCCUAUUCUGAAAGACCGAGAACCUGAUAUGGUAAACCAGCAGGGCUGUGGCAUUCAUGCAAUUGAGCUGAACCCUUCGAGGACACUCUUGGCUACAGGAGGAGACAAUCCAAACAGCCUUGCGAUUUAUCGUCUGCCUACACUUGAUCCUGUCUGUGUGGGAGAUGAUGGACACAAAGACUGGAUAUUUUCUAUUGCCUGGAUCAGUGAUACUAUGGCUGUUUCUGGUUCCCGGGAUGGCUCGAUUGGUCUCUGGGAGGUGACGGAGGAUGUGCUGACUAAAGCAUGCAGGCACAACCUCUCUAGAGUCCCUGUCUACGCUCACAUAACACACAGGGCACUGAAAGAUAUCCCCAAGGAGAACACCAAUCCAGACAACUGUAAAGUCCGAGCACUGGCAUUCAACAAUAAGAACAAGGAGCUAGGAGCUGUGUCCCUGGAUGGGUACUUUCAUCUUUGGAAAGCAGAGCACACGCUAUCAAAGCUACUUUCCACCAAGUUGCCAUACUGCAGGGAGAAUGUGUGUCUGGCCUAUGGUCAGGAGUGGUCAGUGUAUGCAGUAGGAUCUCAGGCACAUGUCUCCUUUCUGGAUCCAAGGCAACCUUCCCACAAUGUUAAAUCCGUCUGUUCCAGAGAACGAGGCAGUGGUAUUCGGUCAGUGAGCUUUUAUGAGCACAUUAUAACAGUGGGAACAGGGCAGGGUUCCUUGUUGUUUUACGACAUCCGAGCCCAAAAGUUCCUGGAUGAAAAGCCCAAUCACACCUGCCGUGGACAAAAACAGAAACUAGGAGGAAGUGAAUUUUUAAAGUUGACGACCGGGAAAGGCUGGCUUAAUCAUGAUGAAACCUGGAGGAAUUACUUUUCUGACAUUAACUUCUUUGCAAAUGCUGUUUACACCCACUGCUACGACUCGUCUGGAACGAAACUCUUUGUGGCAGGAGGCCCCCUUCCAUCAGGACUCCACGGGAAUUAUGCUGGUCUCUGGAGCUAAUGAGAACUCUUCCCAAAUGCCCAUCUUUACGCUGAUUUCCACGUUGUCUUUCCUUUUUUAACAAAGAAAUUGUGUGAUGACAUUGUUUUCUGGUUUAAAUGCAAGUUAUUUUGGCAGAGUUUUCUGUUGGUCUUCAACAGUUUUGUACAUCUUUUUUUGAACCAGAUUUUGCUUUAACUUCCUUGAUCCUUUAUAUGAAGGGUUUUUUUAAAUCCCUUUUUAUUGUAUUUACUCCAAAUGACUCUUCCCUGUAUAGGCUAACUACAGCCAUAUGCCCCCUACUUUGCUGUGAGGUAGGAUUCCUUUCUUAGAGUGGUUGCUGCCAGGCUUUCUGUGAAAGUCCAGGGGCUGUGUGUAUGCAGGUACUUUGUGUCGGUUAUGUUAUCUGGAGUGAGGACUACUUGUAAUUAAAAAUAUUAAAAAUAUUUAUGAGAUAAGCUACUACUUUAUCUGCAGAGUCUGGCUCAGGCCUGGCUUGAUUUUAUUUUUUAAGUACAAGUCUAAUGACGCAUAAAGGAAAGUAAAUUGAAACCAAACUUGUUGGAACCCAGGGACAGAGCACCACCAGGAACAUCUUCUCUAGCCCAGAGUGUAGCAAAGAAGCCAAGCCUGGCAUCCCAGCAGUGUAUGAGCAAAAUUACUGUUUCUUGUUACCCCUUCUCUCUAUUCUGAGUGUCAGUUUGCAGGGUUGUUGGAGCUACAAAGGAGGCUGCCCGCACUGCAGCGGGGGUAUUGUGUGACACGCCAGCUGUUACGAUGGUGGAAUGCAGCUUAUUGGGGCACUACGGGAAAUGGCAUCCCAGCAGGAGACAGAUUUGCAUGGUGACUAACUUAAUUCAAUCUGAUUAACUUCCAGACUAGCUGGGGGUCGUCUGGGUGGCUGGGGCUAGAUGGCAGGGAGGAGCCAGGGCCCAGGUACCUGGAGUCUACCUAAAGAGAGACACCUCUCUCAGGCUGGAGAUUCCUCCCCCGCAGUUCUCCUGCCAGCAGUGAGUAAUGUUGGCAGGAAUGGUCCUUUCUAGCCAGUUGCUGCUAUUAAAGCAACUCCUCUGAGCGCCUAGCUUAUUGUCAGUCCUGCCUUGGACUUCACCAGGAGCUGUGGGUACAGGAUGAUGGUCUGGAUACGCUUAGCGAACAAAAUACAGGCCCAGUCAUGGAGGGAUUGUGCAUUUCUGGUGAGAUGGUCUUGUGGCUAAAACACAGAGUUAACCAUAGGACUCCUUGUUUCUUUUCCUGGCUCAAGCUACUGUUGCCUGUCACUUCAUGUCUCUGUGCCUCACUGUGCUGAUUUGUAAUAUGAGGUUAAUAGCAUGCGUGGCACCUGAGGUAAUUUCUAACUUGAGAUUAUCAGACGAAAGACAUGGUAGAAGUGCAGGUUUCCCCCCCCACAUUCUGAUUGCACGUCGGGGUGAGGAAAGGGUUGUCCCAUAUGCACACCUGGAUUUGAAGUAUAGGUUACUUAAGCUAAGGCCUGACUUAAUCACUUUGAAAAUCAAGAAACUUACUACUGCAUUCCAAACUUCUUCUAGUGGGUUUGUUGUUUAAAAUCUGCAUCAAAGCAAAAAUUUAACAUUAAAUAUGGUUUUAUUACGCAGUUUCCAAGUAGUAGCUGUUAAAUUAUAGGGCUGUAAAUGAAGUAGUUCUCUCAGAACUUCCGUUGUUUAAACUAAUGUAAAGAUUCUAAGUAUUUUUAUACUGUCACCAGUCACUGUUCCAUGAUGGGAACAUGUUGCUUUUGGGGUUUUCUUUUAUGAAUGUGUGGUGGGGCAGAGAUAUAGCAUUUGACUCUGUCCAGAAACAUGCAAAGGAAAAUAAAUAUUUAAUCUACAUGAAAUAUGGUGACACUUCAUCUCUGUGAAGGAGUAUCUUUAAAUCCUGUCUAAGAUCACUCUCUUCUACAGAUAGGUUCUGCAUUCUGUGGGGGGUGUUUUAUUCCCAGGCAGGUCCUGUUGUUUGGGGUCAGAUUUGCAGAGGCACUGAGCACUCAGCUCCAGCUGACAUCUCUGAGAGCAGAGCAGUGUUAAAGUUGGGGUCCACAAUGUUUAGUAACAUUUUAAAUUUUUUAAUGCUGAAGGAAGCCUUUGGUCUUGAAAUCUAACCCCCUUUAUAGUUAAUCAUGUUAAUUUGAAACUCAUUUGUUUGUAGCUUUGAGUCCUUGGGGAAAAUUGUUCUCUCCAGAUUAUUUUGAGCAUUGUCCAAUGUAGAUGUGUUGGUGUUCAGGGGACACCAAUUUAAAAUUAGUCCGUUUCAUUGUGGGGGAAGGGGGAACGUGGAAAUGGUGUAGGUUCAAGUACUCCACUUGUUCCUGAGCCUUCUACCAGUGUUUGUCGUCCUACUGGUAACUGUUUCCUGUUCUGGGGGGGAAAUUUUUCCCUUACAUGAAAAGCCCAUCCAAACAAGGUAAAUGGAAUAUACACCCAGUGCUAUCCAAUGCAAAAAGAAAACUGGGAAAUACCUUUCUUAUAUCCUAGUAAUCGUGUGCUGCUUUUACCAGUAAUAGAUGAUAAAGUUUCAGACAAAUGUUUUAAGUAGAUGUCCCUUUAAGAUGGGAUGCCUUAUUGUGGUGUGAUCCUGAAUCUCCAAAAUCAAAUAUUUCUUUUGAUCCAUUGCGCAGUUAUGGAAACUGAGGCUGGGAGGGGAAGUGAUAUGCCAAAUGUUGCACGGUAAAUCAGAAGCAGAACAGGAAAAGAAUCUAGGUUUCCUGAUUUCUAGUCUAUGCCUGUUGAAUUGCACUAUGCCUCCUUGACCACGCCAUUUUAGAUUUAAAAUUGAAAUACCAGAACCUGGCAGGGUGGAUAGUAGCACAUGGGGAUCCAAUAUGGGUCACUGGUUUGCUGGCACAGCGGUGUCACAGCAAUGGGGAGCUGUGAGCCCAGCCAUCAGAAGUGGGUGAGAAGGCACAGCUCCCAUCUUUCAAGCAACAGUAGACACCCUGUUGUGGGUGAAUCUGGCCACCUGACUAGAUUUCAAUAGCUUUAAAAUAGGGUACAGAAACCAGUGGUGUUCUCACUUUGUUUGACUAGCUAUUUUUUUUUUUUUUCCAAGUGCUCAAAGUCAGAUAUCCCUUCUGACCUUUUUUUUUUCCCCUCAGAGUUUGCUUUGAGGGAAAGAAGGUUCUUAAGGAUCAUUAAGACAGACAGGCAUUUUUUUUUCUGAUAUUUGACAUUAUAAUUAACAUGGUCUCCUAUUUGCAUUGUAAUGUCUCAAGCAGUUUUAUUUUAUCAUCCAGAACUUUUCAUCAGGCUGCUAUACAAAGCAUGGUAUCCUUGAAGCACCAUAUGCAUUUGUUCUAAUGUAGAAGCAGAUUAAUUAUUUAACAGUGAUGGACCCAAUAGUAGCCAAUUCAUGAGUACUGAGUGGCAACCCUACAGCAGCUAGCCAGUGUGCUCAUGAUGAGAGAGAACCAAUUUCCAUUUCCUUUUCGUAAACUGUCCAGCUUUUUCCACCUUCAAGUAACAUUAUUCCUCCAGCCAUUUUUCUGUUAACCCCUCCAACCUUAGUCUAUCAUCUCAGUCUGUCCUGCCAGCCAAGGAAGCUUGACGCAGCUCUCUGCAGUAUCACUCUGAGAGAGCUAAAGGCCAUGUUAGACCAAGCAGCCUCCCGUUAGAGGCUGAGCGUGUACCACCCCAGCCCUCCCAGCUCAGGAGAGCCACAGACCAAGUCCAAGUUUCAUUGAGAUUCAUAGUUUGUGUUAAUCCUGGGCCGUUCCGGUGGUGCCAAAAAUAUAUAGCAUAUAUAUUUCUAAACUAUUUAAAAAACCCACUUAAGACUGGUCCAAUUCAACACCCAUUGAGGUUAAUGCAAAAAUAUACUAUCAUAAUAAUCAACUGGCAAUUUUCAUAUCUUCUGGUGUGAGUCACUUCCAUCUAAACUUUGCUCCCUGAGGUACUGCUCUUGUGAGAAGUUUGUAGCUGCAAAGUCCCAGAGAAGACUUGUAUUUUUCAGAUGCCCAUCUUUGCAAUGGUGUCAAAGAAGCUCUGAGAGUGACUCAUCUCAAAUUGCAUCUCCAUCUGAAAAUGCUGCAUCUGUUGUCAAAAGUAACUUCAGGCUUCCUAAAACAGAGAGAUCAAUUUAUUUUUUUCAGAUUGUCAUUGUGAAUUUUACAGCAAUUCAUGGAGGGUUGGUUUCACUGUGGUGUUGGUGGUCAGUUGCAUCACUCCCAGAUCCUAAUCUUAGGGCAGAGUGGGGGAGAGGGGAAGGUAUUCACACUCUGCUCUAGGGGCAGUUUGUGCAUGCUGUUCUCCUGGGCCUGCAAGUAGCAGCAGCAUAGGGGCAGGCAGGAGUGUGCGCAGAAAGGAGGGCAGGUUGGGUGUUGCUUUCAGAACCACCCAGAAGUUCUAUUUAAAGGAGAACUUAAGUUGAUAUUGUCCCUUUAUGUGGAAUCUAUUCUGGCUGUUUUCCAUGUGCUGGAAUUUAUUGCUUUGGAAUUAGGUAAUCCUUGUAGCUUCAUCUGUGCUAGGUCUCCUUAUCAAAACUGGAUACUUAAAAAUCCUGUAUUGGAUACUUACAAAAAACAAAAAAAUCCACAGUGUUUUCAAGAGUUGCCUGAGUGGAACCUGGUCUGUUUUGUCCCUAGACUCCAGAGGCCUUCAGAAGCCAUUUCUCAGCCUCCUCUCUUCUAGCUGUAUGCCGGAACCUGUAGUUCCGGCAGGACAGUUCACAUGUAAAACAAAAAUGCUGUGGCUGGCUGAGCUGUAGGCCACAUCUGACCAACUGGGUAACAGUAUUGACCGAUACAAACUGCCAAAUUUCAGUAAUGGACUGAAAUAAAAUACAGGGCUAUGUAAAACACUUGGAGACGUACAGUCUCCUGUCUGUAACCCCUUCAAACACUGAUUCUCUCGUCUCAAACUAAUAUCUUGGAGAUAAGGAGAUUCUAAAAAUCAUGUGCUUUCUAUAGAUUUCCUUAAUUAGAAGGGAAAUUUCAGGUGCUGAAUCUUAAAUCUCAUUAAACUUGUACUUUUUGUUUACCUGCUCACCAGGUUUCCUCUCCUAUUAUGGCCUCCUGCAGUCUCAGGGUAUAUAAAUCACUGAUUCAUCCAAAUAACGAAAAGGACCAAUCAGAGGUUAACGUGCCUUUCUCUUAUGGUACCUUGAUCUUUGUAAAGUUAUCUGACAAACUCAUCAUUGUCUUUUUCUAAGAUGUAAACAGUGAAGUUGCAACAAGUUUGUAUUGUUGUGACACUUUUUGUUUUCAUUUGACGUUCAAGAAUAUGGGAUAGACACAAAUCAAAUGCACUGAUUUUUGUCUUGGAUGAGUCCUUGCACAGACAUCAGUGCUUACAUGUUUGGUAAUAUGUACAUAAGAUGCUGGAUCUUCCCCACUUGCCUAUGAUGUAUGUGAUGCACAAACUAUGCAGGAUGUUUAAAAUAUGUGGGGAUCACAACUUGUGGCUUGGGCUUAGGCUGUCUUAAAGUGAACUGUAGUUCUUUAAUGUUUUUCCAAGUAGACCACACUUCAUAGACUUAAACAUCCAAUGCAUUGAAAAUAUCAAGACUUCUGUCACUUGCCUGCUUCUGUUUUAAAUUCAGGACCCAAUGUUUCUUUGGCAUACGUUGCUAUUGUGCGCACGCACAAAACAAUUCUCAGUAUAGUUUAUAGCAUCAACUAUUUUGAUACAGUGCACAAUCUUGAACUUGCACCUAAGCAGUUAAGCGAAGGGAGUAGAGGUUUUUCAAAUGUUCUGUAGUUCAUGUGUUUAACUUGAGGGCUAAAUGUCUAAAACUGUCCAUGCAACUUGCAAAUUAAACAAUGAAAACUUGCAGACUACAUGCAGAACCAACUAUUUGCAUAUGCAGCUCAGUGUCUAGAAAGUUAGCCUGUAAACAGCUGCUCUUCUCUGAACAAAGUAACUUUUAAAAAGAAAAGGCUUUAUGGGGUUGGUUCUGUUUCUCAGUGACUUCCAAUGUGCUGAAUUUGAGUACAAAUACUACUUUUCUAACUACCCUGAAAUUCAAUAUGGUCUGAAGUUCAGCUGGGUUUCUUCUUGUGUAUCGCUAAUCCCCACUGCUUCAGUAAGUUUGUAAAUGAGUCACUGAUUGGAACUUUAGCACAAAAAUUCUACUGAGCCAGAUUGUCACUCUCUCUUUUCUGUUAGUCCUACAGAACCACCACGCUAUGUCAAUGUAUGGUCAUUAGUCUUUGGAUAUAAUGUGCACAUGCCUAAAAUGGAGUAACCUAGACAUCUUAUUUAGUGUAGCUUUUGCCCUACUUAUCCUCAUUGGAUCCUACAGAGCAGAUCUAAUCUGACUUGUUUUCUGGUUUGUAAAUUUUAGCGGUUUUAACUUUCUCCAUUCUUUCCAGUUCACCUUUAGAAUAAAUUCCAAACUUUUGUCUGGUCUGAAAAAUAUUAAAAUAGUUUGUACUGAAAGUUGUACAAAAUACUGGUUGCCCCUGGGUAGAAAGACCACUCUGUGCUGUCGUAAACCUGUUGCUACCUAGCUGCAUGUGAAAUGAACAAUUCCUGAUUUUUUGGCAACCUCCUACAGAAGCUGAAAUUCUAACAUCCAGAUUUCAUAAAGCAAGUGGUCAGUAAGGUGGGAAGUGAUGGCCCACUGUGUGCAAUCUGAGCAGCAGGGAAACAGCUAACAAAUUGUCCUUCCACUUCAGAGUUAACUGCAGCGGGUACAUCACACUUCCAAGCUGAUUGCUGGUUCCUUCUGGUUACAGCACAGGGCUUUCUUCACAACUGUAAUGGCUAGAAGUACUU